AGACACAUGAAGAUUCACACACAUCUUGUGACAUAAGUUGGACAGGUGCAGAAGAAAUAUCAUUUUAGUAACUUCGCUUCAGAGAAGAUUUAAGAGAAUACUGCAAGAGAAUGGAGUUUGAUUUGUCUCAAGCUUUGGACGGAUCACCCACAUUUGAUGAUGAAACAUUUCAGCUCUCUUGCUAUGACAUGACAGAUGUUGAGGAUAAAACCUACCCUCUUGACAAAGGACUGGAUCUGGUUAUAUCCUACAAUCGCAAGACAAUGCAGCGUGUGGCUAACCUAGUGGUGGCAGUAAACAGGAUGAAAAAGUCUCUGAAAAACUGUGGCCGAGGCCUCAGUAAUGAGCAGCUCUGCAGUGAGAUCUUAGAAAGCCUUGUGGAAGAAACAACCAUUGACACGGUGGAACAACCCUCCAGACAAAAAAUAUACACCCGCGUCAACAGCGUCAAGCACUGCACUAUAACUGACUCCUCCAAGAAGGAUGUUGUCCACGGACCAGAAGAAAUGGAAUUGCAGGCCAUCACUUUGAAAGGAGGAAGCUGUGAACGUAAAGUGGAGUUUACCCUGUUGAGGUACGUCACCCCUGAGCCACAACCUGGCAAAGGCCAACCUGUUGUCCUGUCGAUCAGGAACACUGGCAUUCACAUUUCCUGCUCCAUGACGGGUAACAGAGCAGUGUUGAAACUGGAGAGAUGCCUUGAGGAACAUUUGGAGAGGAUCAGUGAUGAGCAGAACAUGGACCGAUUCCUCUUCUACCACACCGUCACAGGACUCGAUGAGACCAAGUUUGAGUCCGUCAGAUGCCCCAGCUGGUACAUCAGCACUUCCUGUAAGGACGAGAACAUGCUCUUGGAAAUGUGUGAGGUGGACAACGUCGGCCGCCUCAAGUCUUUUAUGAUCAACUAGAAUGUGUAUCAGUCACAAAGUCACUGAUUUAACUCAGAUCAACAUUCCGACUAAAUAGCGUAGGGUGGAAGUAGGUGUGAAAUUGGUCACGUUGAGUAGUGUGAAAAUGAAAAGAUACACACAAUAAACAAAGGAGGAAGUCUGAGAAGGCUGCAGGAGGCCACAUGAUAGAAUCUGACCAGGAAAUGUUCAUGUAUCCCUAAAUUCUUCUUCACCACUAGAUGGCACAAUCCUCUUUAAUAUUCACUUGGCUCCAACGAUGAUGCCCUCAUGAGGUCAAAAAAACUUUAUAAUUAUUUGAGUGUUGCCCAGUAAAAUAAUACACUUUAUAUAACUUAAGAUACUUCCGAAAAUGAAUGUAAUUUUGUUUUUACGUAAAUUCUUUCAGGAUAAAUAUUGUAGCAGGAUAUUCCUGAAUCUACUGAUGUGUUGCCACGUUACAUCGACGUUUGGGCUUUUUUAGACAUGUAUUUUCCUCUCUAUUUCAUUCAUCGCUUUAUGUUCUGAUCAUAAAUGUCUCUUGCACUGUUAGUAGUUUAGAUGGCUUCAUAUACAAACACCUAAUGAAUUGUUUUAUAUGGGCUUACAUUAAUCAAAUGCACUUUUUCAUAUCGUAUCUUAUAUUGGGUUUUUCCUCAAUGUCAUUUAACUUUAACAGCUAUCGUGUAUUUAGUUAUUUCUGUCAUGUAUUUGUUUAACUGUUUUUAAUUUGGGUUGUUCUGUCUGAUUUUUGUGAUAUGCUUCCUAAAACCAGUAAUAAGCAGUUGAUAGUACUUGAUUUAUGUUUCAGUCAGAUUAAAGCUAAGACCAAAAAUGUUUCAUGUCUCGUUGGUCUUGAAUUACAUCAAAGUUUGUGGUGCAGCUCUAGGUGUCAGCAACAACUGGAUAACACAAUGACCUAUUAUCACAGACAAACACGAGGUGACUUGAAGGUUUACUGCAUUGGACGGUGGAAAAAUUCAGUCACAUAUGGAGUCAGGCUCCUCUUCAGUGUCUGCUGCAGUAAAUAUUUUGAAGAGACUUGUUUAUGGGGAUCUGCAAUAUCAAUGUCUUGGUGACAGACAUAUGAAAUGUUAAUUCCUCUUACUGCGCUGCAACCAAAUGUCAAAUAUGCAG